AUGCAUUGCCAAACCAAAGUUAUGGGAUACAAAAAUAUUCCCAUGGGUACCCGUAAAGUUCUUCCAAUCAUUCUCUUUAUGCUCUUAGCUUUAGGCAUAUGUUCUGCUAAAAGAAACCUCCUUUCUCUUGAAGCACACACUUAUGGUGGAGUUGCAGGUGGAGGUGGCUCAGGUGGUGGUGGUGGUUCAGGAUAUGCAGUUGUAGGGGAACAUGGGGUUAAUGCUUAUGCAAGUGGUAUUGGUAGUGGAGAAGGUGGUGGCACUAGAUAUGGUGGUGUUGGAAUUGGUGGAGGAGGUGGUGGAGGUAAUGGUGAUGGGGGUGGUACUGCUCAUGUUGGAGGAGCUAGUGGUUUCGGAUAUGGCAUUGGUGGUGGUGAAGGAGGUGGUGCAGGAUAUGGUGGUACUAUUGGACUUGGUGGUGGGGGUGGUGGUAGAGGAAAUGGUGGCGGGGGCGGUGCUGCUCAUGUUGGAGGAGCUAGUGGCUCUGGAUAUGGCACAGGCAGUGGUGAAGGAGGUGGUGCAGGAUAUGGUGGAGUUAUUGGACUUGGAGGUGGGGGUGGUGGCAGUGGCAAGGGAGGUGGUGGUGGUGCUACUCAUGCCGGAGAAACUAGUGGUGCUAGAUAUAGUAGUGGUGCUGGUGAAGGUGGUGGUGUUGGUGAAGGUGCUGCUAUAGGAAAUGAAGGUGGUGGGGGAGGAGGUAGCGGCGGGGGAGGUGGUGCAGGUUAUGCUGGAGGAGCAAGUGGUGCUGGAUAUGGUAAUACUGGAGGUGAAAGUGGUGGUGCAUUAGGACAUACCGGUAGUGGGGCUGGUGGUGGAGGUGGCAAUGGUGGUGGAAGUGGUGUAGGUUCUGCUGGAGGGGCUAGUGGUGUUGGACAAGGCAGUGGUGGUGGUAAAGGAGGUAGUGCUGGAUAUGGUUCUGGAGGAGAAAAGGGAGCCAAUUAUGGUGGUGGUGGUGGUGGUGGUGGUGGGGGAGGUGGUGGGGGAGGUGGAGUUGGGUCGGGUUCAGGUGGUGCUGGCUAUGGUGGAGGUGAAGGAGCUGGAUUUGGUGGAGGUUAUGGUGCUGGUGGUAUAGGAUAUGGAGGUGGUGGAGGUGGUGGUAGUGGCGGUGGUGGUGGAGCUGGAGGAACCCAUAAAGGUGGAUUUGGUAGUGGUGGAGGAGAAGGAAUUGGUCAUGGAGGUGGAGUAGGUGGGGGCUCUAAUGGAAGUGGAGGUGGAGGUGGUGGCUCUGGAGGUGGCGGCGGCGGUGGUUAUGGUGCAGGAGGUGAGCAUGGAGGAGGAUAUGGAGCAGGUGGCGGGAGUGGUGUCGGUGGUGGCCAUGGAGGUGGCUAUGCUCCUUAAGAUUAGCUUAUUGCCACUAUGUUAAUUAUUUAUAUCCCAAUACAAGUAUCUAUCUUGUUAUAUUCAAUACUAAGAAAAAUAACAUAAAAACAAGGACAUGCUUUGUAAUAUAUAUGCAUUUUAUGAAAGCCAAAUGGUUGCUCUUGUAAUUUACUUGAUUGGUAAGUAAUUAAAAUGAACUUUCCCUUUAA